GUUCACCACCAAAGACGCUCUCUUUUCCCAAGAGCGGAUUCACCAUCUCCCUCGAUCUGAUCAAGCUUCUGAAGAACUUUCUGGAGCUUCUCAGUUUCAGAGAUUGAAGGAAGAUGAUGAAGUCAUAGGACUCAAGACUUUAAGGCUGUGUCUUCUAGUGGGUGGUUUUAAACAUGGUGAAGGAUAAUGCCGUCUCUCGUCCUUUCACUCGUUCCCUUGCCUCUGCUUUGCGCGCUUCUACUACACAGAAUCAACAGAGAGCAAACACUAAAAGACCAGCCUCUGAGGAUAAGAACGUAACUGCACCCAAUAAGAAGAAGAGGCGAGCAGUUCUAGGGGAUAUCUCAAAUGUUACCUUCAAUGCACCUAAACUUGAGGCCAAAAACAUCAAGCAGGUAAAGAAAGGACGGGGUACAUCUCAGUUGGCAUCAUCUUGUGUUACUUCAGAAAUCACAAAACUUCAGUCCAAGACCGAUGCAAAAGCUGAAGCUGUAUCAGUGACAGCAGGAAGCAUGUCUCUUUGUAAAGGCACAAAUGACACACCUGAUAUCCCAAAAUUCAUAGACAUUGAUUCAGAUGACAAGGAUCCUUUACUCUGCUGCCUCUAUGCCCCUGAAAUCUACUACAGCCUGCGUGAUAAACUUCAAAAAAAUCCAACACUUGAGCAUUACACAACGUACAAAGCCUCAGAUCUGAAAGCAUCUGUUUAUGCGUUACAAGAUCUGCAGCUUAACACCAAAGGUUGCCCGUUGAGCGCUGUACGCAUGAAGUAUAAGCAAGAGAAAUUCAAAUUUGUGGCGGUACUCACAUCUCCUAAAUUACUUGACACACUAUUCUGAAGGGCUUAAACCGAACGUUUCUACCAAUAAUAGAUUUAGUAACAUUGAUGGUGGUCCAGUUCAUCUUCUUUAAUAUGUUACAAACUUACAAUUUUGUUCAUAAAACAAGUUCCCACAAG